CGAUGCUUCGUCGUCUGACCGCGGUACUACAGCGACAGACUGGACUUUAAAUCAGACUGGACCCGUCUGGAAUGAGGUGUGGUGAUUACAAUCAGACACGAGCAAUAACAAGAAAAAUGGUGACCAAGAAGAUCCGGACGGAGUAUAUGAAGAAGUUUAAAGAUCCCAAAUGGGAGACGUUUUCCAAAUGCUACGAGGACUCUCUGAAGUACCGGCUGACACGGCGGGUGAUGGAGCAUUCCCACAAGCCCUGGUUUUGGGAGGGCUGGGACAGCGGCUCUGACUCCAGCGGCUGGUCCACGCCUCGGCUGACCAGGAACAAAGUUGCCCCUCUGUCCCUCCCACCACCGCCGCCGCCGCCGCCAUCCACGGACGUGAAGCAGAAGUUGUGGGAGCUGAAGAUCAGUCCUGAGCCGAAGCCGCCGCCCGAGGAGACUGAGGUUGGAGCUCGAGAGGCCGCAGUUGUGGACACUGCACUGACAUCAGUUGUAGAGAACGGUGUGAAUGAAGCGAGCGGAGGUUCUGUGGCGGCGGCUCCAAACACCAGCGGACAUUCAGAUGACACAGCGACAGACAACGGGCCGGCUGACACGGCUUCUUCUGACGGGGAGCCGGUGAACCCGGUACCGAGAAGGCGACACCGUCGCCGCACCCCUCACUCUGAGCCAGGACACCCGGACAGUUCGCAUGACGACAAACCAGCUGUCGUCCGCAAACAGCAGAGAGCAAAGAGCCAACCACCAAUCAGCACUAAGGAGAAGGAGAAGGAGAACCGGAGACCGUCCAGCCGGCUGGACUGGACCGAGAGACAGACGGAGGUCAGGAGGACGCCCAAUGAUAGCCACACGUCCGACGCCUGCGUUCAGACCCGGCGGGAGUCCGACAAACGGAGCUCCAACCUGGACCGGCGGCGGGCUCGCUCGGCCGACCUGGAGAAGAUAAGACGGUCUCAGCUGAUGGUGGUGGAAGACCGCUGGAUGACGGAGUACAUGCGCUGCUUCUCCGCCCGGCUGAGGUAGAGCGGGGAUCAGACCGCGGCUGAGUUCGUUUGACAAACAGAGAACCAUGUUGUCUCGUUUCAGUCCAUCACACUGACGCGCUGCUCGCUGUCUUGUCUCCUUUAAGGACGGCGAGACAACAGAGAAAAGUAAAGUCAGGAAGUGGGAAAGCUCUUUAUGUAGAAUUUAACUUUGCACAAAAUAAAAUUCAAAUUAACAUCAAUAUUGUGCAGAACAGGAACAGAGGAUGAAACAGGGUCAUCAGAUAUACAGAUAUAUUCACUUUCUUUAUGACAAAAUCACAUUUUCAUCCCUUUAGUUUGGUGAGUUAAAUGGAUAAAUACUACAUUACCCACAAGGCUCAGCAGCUGUCUCUGGAAAAAGCUCCCUCAGAACUAAAGUCUGAUAGAAAACUGGAUUUUUUUCAGGCCAAUAUUAAUAUUUCUAAAGUUUUUUUUUUUUUUAAUUCCGAUGUGAUGUAUCGAUCAAUAUUCACUUCACUUCUUUCAAUUCCUGAAAUUAUUAACCUUCAACUAAGUAAAAUAACGGCCAUUCUAAGCAUAUGAUUGGCUGUUUCUGGCCUCAGUGCACUCUGGGACAUGUAGUUGCCUCUCUCAGAGUUUCAAAUGCCCUAAAUAAAAUACAAUUUAGAACAUAAUUACAAUAAAAUAUGUGAAUAAAAAAAAUGACUAAUGACGAAAAGUCAUAUUUAACUAAAAUAUAACCCUGCCCACUUCUUGACUUUAUAGCACGGAUCACAUGUGAUGGACUGAAAUGUUUUCUCUGGUUCUGUGAUUUGACAAUGACCAAACAUCAGAGAAUUAACUCUUUCUAAGCUUUUAUAUAAAAAACAGAAUAUGACACCCACAUCACGUUUCGAAUGUAUUUAAUUUCAGAGCAUGAAAGUCUCCAAACACACUGCUGUGCUUUAAUUUAUGUGUUUAUCAUUGUCUCUCACGAAGGCAGCUGUGUGUUUAACUCAGUGUUUGACUCAGAGGCAGCAGAACGGACCAAACUGGAAUAUUUUUGAUAUCUGAGUAUUUUGGAAUUUAAAGACACUAGCGCUGGAUGGUUUAUCAGAAAUAUAGAAACACGCAAUUUAUUUAAUAAAAUUAGUAUUUAAGGUAUUUUCAGAGUAAAAACUAUAUUUAAGAUGUGCUAGCUUUAUAAUCAGCGCAGUUUUAAUAAAUUAAAUGCACUGAAUUCAAAUCAGUGGACUGUUAAACGUUGAUAUCUCAGAGUUUAUUUGGCAUAAAUUCAGGUUUUGACGUAUUGUGGCUGUUUAGCAGCAGCCUGCAGCUUCUCGUUUCCAUUCAUUAUAAUGAAAAAUUACCUUUAAUUCUAACAUGGUGCUUUUCCAUUAACUGCAGUGUUAAACAACAAUGACUUAUUUCUCCUAAUUCAGCUUUUUGGGGUUAUUAUGCAAAUUAAAUAGUUUCUGAAAUAGUUUUACAGAGGGUUUAAAUAAUACGUUUGUGACAUUUAUAAAAAUGCAACAUAUCGCUGAAACUUAUGUUUUAUUAGAAAUAUUUAGAAUCCAGGGUUUUCUGCAGCGUAAAGCCCAAUAACAUGAAUCAGUUCACUUUCAUGUGUGACAAAGAAAAGCAUCAAAUAUUUGACAUGUUAACUUUAAAAAAAAUGCAUACAAUGAUACA